AGGUUCAGUUUCCUCAGGCUCUGGAUGGGAGAGGGAUGAUGCCAGAAAGCUGCAGGCGAGCACACAUGUUCCAAACUUAAGAGGAGCUUUGACCAGUUUCCUUCAGCACUGAUAGACUUGCAAGAAUAUUGGAAAAAAAUCUAAAAAUUAGACAGUUUUUCUUGGGUUGCAGAGGUGCUUCUUUUUGUUCAUAUGGAAUAACGUCCAAUGUGGCUGAAUUGUGAAGGGUUAGCCUGUUGUUCACCAAUUUUCCAAUAUGUGGAAGUAAGAUAUUUUGAGACUUUGGCCUUUCUUCUUUCUAUGGAAAACUGGAAAAUGUUUAAUGAAUGAGUUUGCUGGCGCCUCAGAGGUACAUUUUUGACUACCUUUGUUAUUCCUGGACACUUGCUUUGUGGGAAAAAAGGUGAAGAGGAUUGCAAUAUCACCACCUGCAAGUUGAGCAUCGGCACAUUAGACCACAAGUUGUUGGAUUCUUGAGUGCGCAAUCAUGAAAGAUAACUAUGGUGGAUACGAGAACCAGCUUUUCAAAGAGGAGGAUUUCACUGGAGAGGAGGAAAUGCCUUCAUUUAGAGGUCGUAGCAGAGGUGGCUGUAUGAGGUGCCAGCAGAGCCACUCUCUCCAGCUGGCUGUCAAGGUCCUGUAUGGAUUUGUUGCAUUCCUCAUCAUUACUGUUGCAGUGCUUGCAGCACUUGUGUUUAGGAAGGUUGACAACCUGUCUGAGGAGGAGUCCGUCUACCAAAAGAAGAUCAGCAGCGUUCAACAAGGAAUAGAAGAUCUGAGCUCCACCUCAAACUGUUCAGGCUGUCUGGAUGUGACUCUGUACAGCGAGGAGAUCAGCAGGCUGAAGAAAGAGUUUGAAGAUAUCCAGAGAAUGAUACUGGGACAGGAGCAGAUCCUGGACCAGGCCUCCCAGACCCAGACCACCCUCAAGACUACCAGCAAUCGACUGACACACGACAUGCAAAACCACCUCAUGUCGAUCAAACUUCUCAACCAGUCGCUUGAAAGAUACCUGGAUCGUGUGGAGGGCUGGAAAGAUGUGAUUGAGGAAACCGAAGACAAAAUGAAGAAGAUUUCAGAGGAUCAGUACGACAUCAAAGCUACAGCGCAGCAAGUUAACACAACGGUGGCUCUCAGUACAAUGUGGAUUGAUGCACUGCAGAGAAAAGCAGAUGAGGAGACUCUGGUCCUUCAAAAGUUGACCAGCGACUGGCAAAACUACACCCGAAUUCUGAGCGCCCUCAAAUCCAACACAAGCAGCACCACGCAAACGAUGCGCUUCCUUCAGAACAACAUCAUAGCAGAUCACCAGAGAAUCGCCAUGUCCACUGAGGUGUACUAUGAACUCACCCAGCAGGUGAUGAACCUGCAGAUGCAGCUUGACAAUGCGACGUCUUUCAUGGAUGAACACGAGGAAAACAUGCAUGACCUUCGCUACCAUUCCAGAUACUAUGAAAACCGGACGGGUGAGCGUUUCUCUGCAUUGGAUGGUCGUCUGAACUCCAUCUCCAUGGAGAUUGACACAAUCUCCUCCAGCAUCAAUGCCACAGUCAGCCACGUCCAGAGUAUGUACAAGUACAUUAACAUCGAGAGCUCGUCCUGCCAGAGCCGCAUGGGCAGACACACAGAAGAUUUACAGAACUUGAACAACACAGUCUUGUUACUCCUCCGCUUGGCCGACACACUGAGGCAGCAAAACAUGUUGUUGAAUGUUCAACUGGAUAUGGACAUUAGGAACCUGUCCAUGGUGAUGGAGGAGAUGAAGCUCGUAGAUGUUCACCAUAUCCAGCUCAUUAAGAACUUCACUAUACUAAAAGGUGCUCCUGGACCUCCAGGUCCAAAAGGGAACCGUGGUGAGACCGGCUCAAAAGGAGCUAGGGGAGUGACCGGGAGCAAAGGUGACCAAGGCUCUUUAGGAAGCCGUGGAGCAGCCGGAGAGAGGGGUUCUGUGGGACCCAAAGGACCCCCAGGUGGAGUAGGUCCCGCUGGCAAUAGAGGGGUAGCAGGAGACAAAGGAGCUAAAGGGUCUCUUGGGCUGCCAGGACCACGUGGUGAGAAGGGCCAGAUAGGUGAGGUUGGCCUCCCAGGUUUAGAUGGUGCCUCAGGACCCUCAGGGCCUCCAGGAAUCCAGGGUCAGGCAGGACUACCGGGCAUCAUUGGACCAGCAGGACCGAGGGGAAAACCAGGGCCAGUCGGGCCACCUGGGCCACCAGGAACCCCCGGACCUCCAGGCUUGCCAUACUCCCAUGCUGGGACCAACACCCAGCAGCGGACCAUGACGCCUGCCACUGGGUCCAAGAGACAGUAGAAAGAGAGACGAGGACGAGGACUCAGAGGUGAUUUUUCUGGCACAAAGAAUUCUUAGACUGAUGAAGGGAUUGGAAUUACAAUAAUCUAUUUCUUUGGGAUUAUGCAAGACAUUUGAGAUUUUUUAUCUUUAUGGACAAAUGUGACAAAUCAAAUUCAAGAGGUGGCUUUAAAGGAGGCUUUCCCCCAACAAUAUGACAUGGCCACAUGACAUGAACCAGGAGGAAGGUCUAAACAGAACUGAACUGUUGUUGAGAAGUGAGAAAGAAGAUCAUGAAAGGCCAGAAAUGGACUGUGUUUGGACGGACUUUGAAUUCGUUGAAGAAAGAAAGAAAACUGCCUGACACAUGGGUCUCAUUACUACUUUUGAUGAGUGUUUCCUUGUUCACCAAAGCCAGAGAAAACCCAAAGACAUCGAGCUCUGCCCAUACCUGACGACAUAGUGUGAGAUUCUACCAGAAUUUAAAACUUGUCUCGGAAAAUAAUAGGAAUAAAAAACAGCAAUUUUUGAAGUCCUGCCAAUUUGAAAGUUUGAGGUUGUUGUCAAGCCGCCAAAGCCGGCUGGGGCAUAAUAAAUAGGAGAGCUAUUAACCACAGAUUUGGACUAAAGUGGUGACGUUUUCCCGUCCAGACUACUCAAAGAUUUACACUCCCUUGCACUCUUGUAUGGGUACAGAAAAAAAAGUUUUGUUUUUACAUUGUGUACACGUUGAUUCUUCCUUUUCUGAUGAAUGGCACUUUAGUGGUACUUAAAGUGCAAAAGUAAAGUUUGCUUAUGGCAUUUCAGAGCAGGUACUCUGAAGACUUUUCUUUUAUCUUCUGGGCAAAACUUCUAUGAUCUUUGUUUGAAGAAUUGGAGAAUUUUUGGCCUCUAAAUUUGUGCUGACAUUUGUCUUACAUUGUACGCAACAUCUGCUUCUAUUGUUGCUGUAAGAAUGAAGAAAGUAGCUUUCUUGUUGACGCCUGUUGACACUUUUGCGAGGACAUUGGGGAAAUACACCCGGGCCCAAUCUCCUCUUGAUAUUUUUCAGAGACUCAUAUUUACGGAAGUAAAGGGAAGAAAUCUGCCAGCUGUGAUUGGUUGUUCCUUUUUACAGGACAAACCUUGAGCGCUGCUGUGUUCCAGAAGUCGAAGUCUGUUUAUCUCAAGGCAACGUGCAUGUUUUGCAAUGUUGUCACCGUGGCUUAUGAGCGUGUCUGCCACGUGUUUCCACUGAAAACAAUAGAAAUGAGGGUGUAAAAAAUGUGACGUACGUAGGGGCCCCUAAAAGAAUACUCUUACCUAAUAUAUCAAAUUUGUUUGAUCACGCCCUCUUCUUGCCUUAGGUUGUUUGUUUCCUCGCUCCAGUUUCCGUUCUCGUGUGCUGAGCUUAACUGCCCAUCAGAGUGAUCUCAUUCAACAAUGGGCUCUGACGCCUCUGAUACCGCUUUAACCUGCCGAAUCUGCCUAAAAACAGCCGACGAGGGUCAACUAGUGCCAACGGUGCAGGACACACCGCAAAAAACUAGGUUGUCAGCUUUUCAUAGACGGCCCAACAUUGACCAAUGGCCAAUUGUUUGCUUGGUGUGCCAGGGCCCUAAACAAAUUGUCUCUGGCUCCUGCUCCAACUUUGGAAGAAAACAAAAAUAACUGUUUUUCAUAAAAUGUUGAACAAAUCCCUUUUCGGAUGUAUAAAGGUCGGGGAGGUCAUGAAAAUCUUUCAAUACGUAAAUGAAUAAUAAUGAUUAAAAUGUCAAGUAAUUAAAGGAAAAAUCACCAAAGUUGCAUUUGUUGUUAUGCAACAAGGGCGUCACAUUAGCCUCAGUUUUCACCAUCAACACUUGUGAUGGCAGAGUAAUGACUUAUAAGGGUUUAGGUCGAAUGAUACACACAUAAAUAACCUUUUUAUAUCACUGAAUAAACAUCUUACAAAAAGGGAAACGUGCUAUUUUUGUAAACCUGUGUGUUGUAAUGAAAUGCGACUGGCUUGCAUCGAACUUCAAUAAAACUUGUUUAACAGA